UGACGGCUCGUUUCUUUUGUCACUAAAUACCAGGCCAACAGUUCCGACCUUACAGGAAACUAAACAUCAGUCAAGUCAUUUAAUAUUUUUUCUCCAGAGUGAAACAGGCAAGCAUGAAGAGUCUGAAAGCAAAGUUUAAAAAGAAUGAGAGUCAGGACUGGAGUAAGAGUGAUGACAGGCUCAUGCAGGCGGUGGAGCAAAAUGACCCCGAUAAAGUUUCGGCUCUCAUCGUCAAGAAAGGUCUCUGCCCCACCAAGCUGGAUGCUGAGGGAAAGUCUGCCUUCCAUCUCAGUGUGUCUCGAGGGCGAAUAGAUUGUUUGGAGGUCAUCAUCACUCAUGGGGCUGACAUUAAUGUCACAGACGGAGCUGGUCUCAGUGCUCUUCAUCUGGCUGCCAAAUAUGGACAGAACGAAUGUUUAAAGAGACUCCUACAGGAGCGGUUAGUGGUGGACUGCAGGGACAGUAUUGCGCGGACACCCCUCCAUCAUGCAGCCAUUAGCGGCUGUCUGUCCUGCACUGAGAUUCUGUGGGAUUUCAAAGCUGAUCUGGACCUCCAGGAUGAGGAAGGGUCGACGCCCCUGAUUCUCGCAGCCCAAAUGAGCAGAGUGGAAUUGUGCGUCUUCCUUUUGGGGCGUGGAGCCAAUGCAAAUAUACAGGACAACCAGGGCAGGUCGGCCCUGAUGCUGGCGUGUGAGAGUGACAGUGGGGAGACGGUGGAAGUCCUCCUGAGGGGCAGCGCCAACACACAACUGGCUGAUGCGCUCGGACACAAAGCUAAAGACUACAGCACUGCGACUGGCAACCAGUACAUUUUAAACAUGCUGCAGAACGGAGCACCACCAGUCUCUGAGAACCCAGAUGAGGAGAGCGCCAAAAUCCCCUCAAGCACUUCAUCAGUGCAAGGGGGGACGACACCUCGCAAGCGAAAAGCCCCACCACCACCGCGCUCCCCCUUACAGGGUUUAGCACCAACACCUCUGCCUCGCAGUCCGGCUCCACCUGGCCAGUCUCCAGAGCCCCUCACUCGCUCUCCAUCCCCACAACCUGCAGAUGCACAGCAGCCAGCUCAGGUGGAGGAUGAGGAAGUGUUUGAAGAGAUUCGGAAGCUCCGUCUUGAAAGGGGGCGACUUCUUCAAAAGAUUAAAGCCUUGGAGCAGCAGCAGCACAGUGCCACUGCUGCCUUGGAGGAGUUGACUCAAUUGAAGCGGCGUCUUGAUGAGGCAGAAGCAGAGCGUGACAAACUCCUGGAAGAGCUGAAAGGUUAUAAUGGCAUUGGAGCAAGUGACUCUGAAGACUUAGACGAGAUGUUGGACUUCCCAGAGAAGCUGCUCGCUAAACACUCCAGAACCUCUGCAGCUGGAGAUGAGGCUUCAUCUCAGGAGGAGUCAGCAAGUUCUUCUCCAGUUCCUCCAAACUCUGCAACUGUGGUUGAGUUGCUCAAAAAGAUAGAUGAGCUGGCCUCACAGAACUCUGAACUUGUUCUUAAAGUGCAGAUGAUGGAGAUGUUUGAAAAGGAUGACACAGACAUGCAGAGCUCCUGUCCAGACUCUGUCCCUCUGGCUCAGUAUGAAACCAUCAGGCAGGAGUUGGUGACUCUACAGGAACGGUUCUCUCAGAUGAAGACUUCUGAAGAGAGGGGUGUAGAGAAGUCAGAGGAGGGAGAGGGCGAGCACUCCCUGAGGGCGAAAGUGAGAGGGCUUCAGGAACAGUUGGCCUCCUCCCAGGCUGAGCUGGAGCAACUGAGGGAGCAAAUGCGCCUGGGCGUGCUUUCAGUGGAGUGUGGCGAGGCGGAUUCUAUUCUAACAGGUGUCGGGUCGGGCUCUGAGGCCCUGAACCAGGAGGCCAUGCAGCUGAGGGUGAGGGUGACGGAGCUGGAGGAGGAGCUUGCCAAGAGAUCGGACAAGGACACAAUCAAACAGCUGACACAGAGAGUAGAGGAACUUCAAGCUGCACUGGCACAGAAAGGAGAAGUAGCAGAGGAAUCACAAACGGUGAACAGUCUUCGGAAAAAGGUGGCUGAUCUAGAGUCAGCCCUGGCUGAGAGCAAAGGAGGAGGACCAGCAACUUUGGGAGAUGGAGAUCAGGUCAACAGACUUCAGGAGCGCGUGCGGGAGCUGGAGGGGGAGCUGAGGAAGAGAGUGCCCCGCUCAGACCUGGAGGAGGUGCAGGCAACUCUGAGUGUGCAGUGUGAGCAGCUGGCCAGAGAGAGGGCAGAGGUCUCUAGGAGACUCAACGAUGCUCUCCUCGAGCUGGAGAGACUCCGUCCUCCCUUGCACGGCGAUGAGGAAGAUGAGGAGGAAGAAACUGAACACUCUGAAAGCUCAGAGCCUUCUGUCACAUCAGAUCCACGCACCUUGGCGGCGCUCAGAGCCGAGCUGGAGGUGGCGAGACAGGAAGCUGCUCAGGCUCUGGACUGUGUGUGUGCAGAGCGCGAAGGUCGGGCUCAGGACGCGCUGGAACUGAAGGACGCAGUGCCUCUUUCCAAACACAAGGAGGCACUGUCUGCUGUGUCGGAGCAGUUGGCGCAGACUCUGCAAGAGCUCCAGCAGGAGAGGACGCUCCGGGCUCAGGCGGAGGAGGAGGCGGCCAGGAUAGGGGCUAAACUGCAGUCCAUGACUGACGCUGUGUCUAGAGAGGAGCACGAGAAGAUGAAGGAAGAGUUGCAGCAUUCCCUGCAGGCCAGUGAGAAAAGUGCAGCAGCAGCUCAGGAGGUUUUGGCAGAGAAGGAGUUGGAGCUGAGAGAACUCAAGUCCCAAAAGGCUGCUGAACAAGGUCUGAUCUCCAAAGAGGACCAUGAGGCUCUGCGUCUCUCCAUGCAGGGGGAAGUCAAUGCCAUGGCAGCACGGCUCAACGAUCUGACGCGCAAGCACGAGAAGACAUGCACAGAGGUGUUCCAGGUCCAGAGGGAGGCACUGUUUAACAAGAGCGAGCGACAGGUUGCUGAGUCCCAGCUGGCCACUGUGAAGCAGCAGUUAGCAGAUCUACAGACCCAAUCAAAACACAUCCAGGAGCUUCACAAUAACGUCCAGGAGUCUCAGGGUCUAGUCAAGGAGAAAGACCGCAAGAUAACUGAACUCUCUAAGGAAGUGUUUCGGCUGAAGGAGGCGCUGGGAGCUCUGUCACCACCGCUGGGACUCUCCUCAUCGCCCCCAUCUGGCCACCUUGGAAACCCUGGACAGCAGGUGGCGCUGCAAAACAGGAUCGCUAUUCUCACCCAGCAGCUGCAGGAUUGGGAGCGAAAGCACAAGCAAGUGGUGACUGUUUACCGUUCCCACCUGCUGGCAGCUGUGCAGGGUCGCAUGGAUGAGGAGGUGCAGGGGCUGCUGCUUCAGAUCCUGAGGAUGACUCAGCAGGGACAGUGAUCACAUGAGUCUGGUUGUUUCAGCGUUGAGCAAUGAUAAUGGGAUGUUGCCGCAUGUGAACACUAUUUCAAGCAUUGAUGAACUCGUGCCUUGAUAUUAGAGAUCCUGGUGUAUGACAAUACUUUUUUUUAA